GCGCAGAGCACGUGCCCCCGGAGCUGUGGGAGCCCUUCUACACUGACCAGUACGCGCAGGAGCACGUGAAGCCCCCGGUUACCCGGCUGCUGCUCUCGGCUGAACUCUACUGCCGGGCCUGGCGCCAGGCGCUGCCACAGCUCGAGGCCCCUCCCAACCCUUCCGCGCUGCUCGCCCUGCUGUCUCGGAGGGGCACGGUACCCUCACUACCCGAUCGCCCAGUGCGCGAGGCGGACCUGAGACACCAGCCCAUUGUCAUGGGAGCCCACCUAGCUGUCAUCGAUGCCCUCAUGGUGGCCUUUGCCUUUGAAUGGACGAAGACGCUGCCUGGCCCCUUGGCUCUGCCCAGCUUGGAGCACAAACUGUUGUUCUGGGUGGAAACGACUGUCCGGAGGCUGCAGGAGAAAACUGAGCAAGAAGCCGCCCAGCGUGCGUCUCCCGCUGCCCCCGCUGACGGGGCGGCGCCGGCGCAGCCCUCGUGUCCCACACGCUGGUAUUGGAAGCUGGUCCCUCACGCAAUUGCCUUCUGUUUGAAGGAGUCGGGGAGCAAACCCCCCAUGAUCCGCUACCGCAAGGACCGCGCUGUGGCCCGACGAGCCCCCUGCUUCCCGUCUGUGACCACCAUCCAGGACCUGGCCAGCGGCGCCGCGCUGGCUGCCACCAUCCACUGUUACUGCCCCCAGCUGUUACGUCUGGAGGAGGUCUGUCUCAAGGACCCCAUGUCCGUGGCCGACAGCCUGUACAAUCUCCAGCUGGUGCAGGAUUUCUGCGCCUCGCGCCUCCCCCGGGGCUGCCCGCUGUCCCUUGAAGACCUGCUUUAUGUCCCACCGCCCCUCAAGGUCAACCUGGUGGUGCUGCUCGCUGAAAUGUUCACGUGCUUCGAGGUGCUGAAACCGGACUUCGUACAGGCCAAGGACUUGCCCGACGGGCACGCCACCUCCCCCUGGGGCACCGAGGCCUCCCCUUCCCAGAACAACAGCGGCAGCAGUUCUCCUGUCUUCAACUUCCGCCACCCUCUCCUGUCACCUGGCGGCUCCCAGUCCCCACUUCGGGGAUCGACAGGCUCCCUGAAGUCUUCUCCGUCCAUGUCGCACAUGGAGGCCCUCGGCAAGGCCUGGAACCGUCAGCUCAGCCGUCCCCUCUCCCAGGCUGUGUCGUUCAGCACCCCCUUUGGCCUGGACAGCGAUGUGGAUGUCGUCAUGGGAGACCCGGUCCUGCUGCGCUCUGUCAGCUCGGACAGCCUGGGACCCCCGCGUCCUGUGCCAGCAGCCCGGACCCCCGCCCAGCCGACCCCGGAGCCUGGCGAUCUGCCCACCAUCGAGGAGGCCCUGCAGAUUAUCCACAGUGCUGAGCCCCGGCUGCUCCCCGACGGUGCUGCUGACGGCAGCUUCUACCUCCACUCCCCGGAGGGCACCUCAAAACCGCCACUGUCCUCCUCCUACCCACCCAUGGGGGCCUCAAAACUGCUGUCUGACGGCCUUCCCAAAGCGCCUGUUUACGUGCCCCACCCCGAGACCCCCUCAAAACCCUCUCCUUGCCCAGCAAGGGAGGUAUUGAAGCCACCAGCCUCAGCUGAGGGGUCCCCGAAGGCAGUGGCUUUGUCCCCAGCAGCCACCAAUUCGGAAGUAAAGAUGACCAGUUUUGCUGAGCGCAAGAAACAGCUAGUGAAGGCCGAGGAGGCUGGAGUGGGGUCGCCCACGUCUACUCCGGCGGCACCCGAGGCCCUGAGCUCAGAGAUGAGCGAACUGGGGGCCAGGCUGGAGGAGAAACGCCGGGCCAUUGAGGCCCAGAAGCGGCGUAUCGAAGCCAUCUUCGCCAAGCACCGCCAGCGGCUGGGCAAGAGCGCCUUCCUGCAGGUGCAGCCCCGGGAGGCUGCAGGGGAGGCGGAGGCGGAGGCGGAGGCGGAGCCUGCUGGAGGGGGGCGGCCGGCCGGCGAGGGCCAGGGUGAGCCGUCUUCACGGACCAAGUCGGUGACCUUCUCUGCGGAGCUGGGCCCGGAGACCCCCGAGGGGCUGGGGGACUACAACCGGGCGGUCAGCAAGCUGAGCGCCGCCCUGAGCUCGCUGCAGCGGGACAUGCAGAGGCUCACGGACCAGCAGCAGCGGCUUCUGGCGCCGCCGGAGGCCCCCGGACCCGCCCCCCCACCCGCUGCCUGGGUCAUCCCUGGUCCCACGACGGGGUCCAAAGCUGCCUCCCCCAGCCCUGCCCGGCGAGCCCCAGCCGCCCGGCGCAGCCCAGGGCCCGGCCCCAGCCCAACGUCUCGCAGCCCGAAACACACGCGGCCGGCGGAGCUGCGGCUGGCGCCCCUGACCAGGGUGCUCACGCCCCCCAACGAUGUAGACAGUCUCCCCCAUUUGCGCAAGUUCUCGCCAAGCCAGGUGCCUGUACAGACGCGCUCCUCCAUCCUCCUGGCGGAGGAGACGCCACCCGAGGAGCCUGCGGCCCGGCCCGGCCUCAUUGAGAUCCCUCUGGCUAGCCUGGGAGAGCCUGCUGCGGAGGAGGACAGAGACGGGAGCCCCCCCGGGGCUGAGGACUCCUUAGAGGAGGAGGCAUCCUCCGAGGGAGAGCCCCGGACUGGGCUUGGGUUCUUCUAUAAGGAUGAAGACAAGCCUGAGGAUGAGAUGGCCCAGAAGCGGGCCAGUCUGCUGGAGCGGCAGCAGCGGCGUGCAGAGGAGGCCCGGAAGCGCAAGCAGUGGCAGGAGGCUGAGAAGGAGCAGCGCAGGGAGGAGGCUGUGAGGCUGGCGCACGAGGAGGCCCCCGCAGCUCCCACAUCAGCGCCCACGGCCCCCGUGGCGGCGGCUGCCGCGGUGGCCCUGGCACGAAGCCCGGCGCGCGGCCUGCUGGGCUCACGGCUCAGCAAGGUAUACUCCCAGUCCACCCUGUCCCUGUCCACCGUGGCCAAUGAGACCCCCCAUAACCUCGGUGUGAAGAGGUCCACCUCUCGGGCUCCGUCGCCAUCCGGCCUCAUGUCCCCGAGCCGGCUGCAGGGCACCCGCGAGCGCGAAUGGGAGAACGGCAGCAACGCCUCCUCCCCGGCUUCGGUGCCGGAGUACACAGGUCCACGACUGUACAAGGAGCCCAGCGCUAAGUCCAACAAGUUCAUCAUCCACAACGCCCUGUCGCACUGCUGCCUGGCAGGCAAGGUGAACGAGCCGCAGAAGAACCGCAUCCUGGAGGAGAUCGAGAAGAGCAAGGCCAACCACUUCCUGAUCCUCUUCCGGGACUCCAGCUGCCAGUUCCGGGCGCUCUACACGCUGUCGGGGGAGACGGAGGAGCUGUCACGGCUGACCGGCUACGGUCCCCGCACCGUCACGCCCGCUAUGGUUGAAGGCAUUUACAAGUACAACUCGGACCGCAAGCGCUUCACCCAGAUCCCGGCCAAGACCAUGUCCAUGAGCGUGGAUGCCUUCACGAUCCAGGGACACCUCUGGCAGAGCAAGAAGCCCACCACUCCCAAGAAGGGGGGCGGCACCCCCAAAUAGCCCUCCGGGGGCAGUGCCCCCCUGGAGGAGUCGGUCCUGCGUCCUGUCUGUCUGUCUGCAACCUCGUCCGGGUGGGGCCGGAGCCCCCACCCCCUAACUGAGUCUGGUCCUGCUGUGGGGGCUGAGCUGGGCGUUUCAGGGACUCAGGGCUCAGCCGGGUCCCCCUGUCUGUCCUCCCCAUCUUCUUGAAUAAAAUAAGUGAAAGGGCAGUGGAGCCAUGUCACCCGA